AGGAGUUGAAAUGACAUAGAAAAGUCUUCAAAGUGCUGACUGCAAAAUGAACUCCUUCCACUUGAUGCUGAAAGGAGGUCAACUGAAAUUCCAAGAAUGAUGGUCAGCUCAUUGCCAAGUUACAGGAAAACCACAUACAAGACAACUAAAUAAAGACUAUGCAAAAGAUGACAUCUAUGUUUUUGCUCAUUGGUCAUCUCAUUCUACUGAUACCUCUGUUCAGUGCUGAAGAAUGCGUUAUUUGUGAUUACUUUGUGCUUGUUGGAGAGCCUACAGUUAUUAGUUGCCCAGUAAUUACAUUGCCAGUGCUUCACUCUGAUUACAAUCUGACAUGGUAUAAAAAUGGUAGUGCUACACCAGUAACCACAGAGAGAGACGCCAGGGUCCAUCAGCGAGGGGGCUUGCUUUGGUUUAUUCCUGCAACGCUGGAAGAUUCUGGACUUUACGAAUGUGAUGUAAGGAGCCUUAACCACUCGGACCAAAAAACUGUACAUUUAACAGUUUUUAAGAAUGAUAACGGUUUGUGUUUUAACGGAAAAAUGAAGUUUGAACAAAAAGUAACGAGCGCAAAUACUGGAAAGAUUAUAUGCCCUGAUCUAGAACACUUUAAAGAUGAAGACAAUCAGCCUGAAGUACACUGGUAUAAGGAGUGUAAGCCUGGAUUUCUUGAAGACAAGCGACUUCUUUUGGCAGAGGGUGCAAAUGCUGUCUUCAUUCACAAUGUAACUGUACAAGACAGAGGAAACUACACAUGCCGUAUGGUAUACACAUAUAUGGGAAAACAAUAUAAUGUUUCACGAACCAUCAGUCUAGAGGUUAAAGAAGGACCACGACGGAUGAGACCAGAGUUUAUUUAUCCGAAGAACAAUACAAUUGAAGUAGAACUUGGCUCUCAUGUAGUUAUGGAAUGUAAUAUAUCAAGUGGCAUAAAUGGCUUGAUUCCAUUCUGGCAAGUUAAUGAUGAGGAUGUUGAUAGCUUUGAUAGCACCUACAGGGAACAGUUUUAUGAAGAGGGGAUGCCUCAUGGUCUUGCUGUAUCUGGAACAAAAUUUAACAUCUCAAAAGUGAAAGUAAAGGAUUAUGCUCAUAAAUUUUUCUGUCACUUCAUAUAUGGUACUGAACAAUUUACAGCCUACAUCAAAUUGGAACGCCCAGCUCAGAACAUUCAGUGUUACUUAAUUGGAGGAGGAGUUUCUUUGGUAUUUUUAGUAUUUUUUACUCUCUUUAUCUACAAGAUCUUCAAAAUUGAUAUUGUGCUUUGGUAUCGGGACUCCUGCCAUCCUUUCCUGGGUAAAAAAGUUUCAGAUGGGAAGAUCUAUGAUGCUUACAUUCUGUAUCCAAAGAACAGAGAGAGCUGCUUGUACUCAUCAGAUAUUUUUGCUCUGAAGAUACUGCCAGAGGUCUUAGAAAGACAGUGUGGAUAUAACCUCUUCAUAUUUGGGAGGGAUGAUUUACCAGGAGAAGCUCUGAUCAGCACUGCUGAUGAAAAAAUCCGUCAAAGCAGAAGAGUGAUAAUUGUUUUAGUACCAGAACCCUCCUGUUACAGUAUUCUAGAAGACGUGUCUGAAAAGCAGCUAGCCAUGUAUAAUGCUCUUAUCCAAGAUGGCAUUAAAGUAAUUCUCAUUGAACUUGAAAAAAUACAAGAUUAUGCAACCAUGCCAGAAUCCAUCAGAUAUAUUAAGCAAAAGCACGGGGCUAUCCGAUGGAAAGGGGACUUCUCAGAAAGGUCUCACUCAGCACGUACCAGAUUCUGGAAGAAAGUGCGCUACCACAUGCCAUCCAGAAAAAAUGGAUCUUCAUCAGGAUUGUGCUUAUUACCAAAAGACUUUAAUUCUCCCUAAAUAACAAAGGAAAAAUGACACUUAAUGACUGAUUCAAUUCACAUAGUUGGUGAUGGAUUGACUGAAGGUCCCAUGUAUCUGUUUUGUGCAGACAAUCUUACCCAAAUUUUCUGUAUUGAAGGUACUACAACUUCGUCUGCAGAUGUGAAUCAUUUUCU